CUAGCUCGGGCGUGAGGGUUAGUGGGACGUAAGAGAUAAAGAGAGGGAGAGAUAAUCGUUGUUGUGUAGAUGAUUUGAUAGUUUAAACGAAUGAAUGGAGUAUUGAUGUGUAUAUGUACACACACACACACACGCAUAUAUAAGUAUCUGUCAGUUCGAAGUGUGUAUGUUUAUAUCCAUAUCUAUCUCUCUAUCUAUAUCAGUUUGUUGGAAGAAGCUUGCUUCGUUAGCGGAUUUCUAAUAAUCGGUAGGCUUCAGUGAAAACUCACAUCUGUUGGAGUAACUCAUAAACAGCACUUUCCCUGUGAACUUCUUGCUAUCAGCUGUACCCGUUAAAGGUACAACUGGAGUUUUAAGCCCCACCACAAUACAAUGCAACCCGCCUUAGACUUUUAUUUGUGAAGUUACACACGGAGAAUACUCGCCAAUUGUUACUUAUUUCUGAAGAGGGACGAGGGAGAAAUUCCGAGUUUACAUUAUCUUGUACAGAAAAAAAGUCGGAUUAAGUUAAUUGCAUCUAUACUGUUAUAUAUUUAUAUAUUCUAUACAUUUCUAAACAAUAAUAUACAUAUUCACUCAUGUACACUUGUAUAUAGAAUUAUAUAAGCAAUGUAGCCAAUGUGUAUAAGCGGAGAGAAAAUAAUUUUUGGCUUUCUGUCAGUGUAUAUAUACACACUUAUUAAUAAAUACAUCAGUUUAAAAAUAACUAAUCUUGCACACCGAGGCUUAAUUAGUUGGAAAAUAACUUAUUAAAACGUGGUUUGUAAGCCACUAUUAAUCACAGAGAACACGCACACUACACACACAAUACACACACAUACACACACAAUACACACACACAUACACACACACACACACACAGAUAAUUGAAGUUACAUAGAAAAAUAAAGAUAAGCCUAUUUAUUACACGUAACUUAACUUUAAAACAUCAAAAAAUUUACAAAAACUAAUUAACACACACAAUAUUUAUAUAUUUUGGAAGCAAAUAUUUGUCCUAAUUACGCUCAUUACCCAGUGUUUGUUAUUCUUAAUUAUCGGCCGAAAUUUAACUACUUCUUUGCACAAGUCUGUGUUGGGUGAAAAUGAUGUUUACCAGAAUUCAGUGCCUUGGAGGCUUUAGGAUCCAAAUGUUUCUACAAACCCUGGCUUUACUAUGUCUAUUCACCACUCUUACCUCUGUGAUGUCUGUAACAUCCAUUAAUGAACCUUCUUACUACACAUUAAGAGAAAACUGCAGACCUCAUGGUAUCCACAUAGCCUUUGGUAACACAACACAGGACAUAGUAAUAAUGUGGUCAUCAGUGGCCAACUGUUCGAGCUCUGUGAAAUACGGUGACACCAUACAGAACAAGAAGUACAAAGCAGAACCAACCACAGUGUUCUUUAAUCUUACCAACUCACUGGCAAGACAUUACUACUACCAUGCUGUACUAAAAGACCUCAAACCAAAUACAACAUAUUAUUACAGUAUAGUCAACAGUAAAAUGGUGACUCCUGCCUACUUUAAGACACCACCAAAGGGCAAUGAAUGGUCCCCUUCGUUUGUCCUCUUUGGUGAUCUUGGAGUGGAAUCCCGCAUUCAUCCAACUCUAACCAAUGAAGCAUUGUCUGGCAAAUAUUCUGCCUUCUUCCAUAUUGGAGAUUUUGCUUACAACUUCGAAGACGAUGGUGGACAGAAUGGCGAUGAGUUUAUGGAUAUCAUACAAGACUAUGCAAAAUAUGUGCCUUACAUGACAGCUCCAGGAAACCAUGAGAUUGACAAUGAAACAUUCGCUCAAUAUCGGUACCGUUUUUCCAUGCCUGGAACCAGUUGGCCAAUGAAGAUGAAUAAAUUGUGGUACAGUUUUGAUAUUGGACCAGUACAUUUCAUCAGUUAUUCCACAGAAGUAUUCUUCAUAAAAGACACCAGAUAUAUUGCAGCUCAGUCUGCUUGGCUAAUAGAAGACUUAGACAAAGCAAAUAAACAGAGAAAAGACCAUCCUUGGAUUAUAGCUGUUGGUCAUCGACCAAUGUAUUGUUCCAACAGCAAUGAUGAUGAUUGUACUUUGGAAAACUCCGAAGUUAAAGUGCACUUGGAGAACAUAUUCUACAUUGCUGGUGUUGAUGUGAUUUUUGAAGCUCACGAACAUUCUUAUGAACGUCUGUAUCCUGUUUACGAUGGUAAAGUGGUCAGUGAGAACUACACAGAUGCUGCUGCACCAAUCCAUAUUAUAACAGGGGCUGCUGGCAAUAAAUGGGGCUCAGAUCCCAUGGAUAGGGAUGCAGUUAAUGCCACACAUGAAGAAUUUCACCAGAACAAUACUGUUAAUGUAACUAACCAAGAAUUACUCUACAACCAUACUGUUGAUAAUAAUUCCACAUUUGAUGAAAAUGUCAAUAGCACGGGUAAUUGGACAGCAUUCCGCCAAAGUGGAUUCUCGUUGGACAGCUAUGGAAGGUUUACGGUGUACAACUGUACUCACUUGUUCUGGGAACAAGUACAAGAUGGUAAAGAUUUGGACAGCAUUUGGAUUGUGAAAGGGGAACAUACGAAAAACAAUGUCAGUAAAGAACUCCAGAAGAAAAUCAUAAAAAAUGUGAUGGAUCAACUUGCAACAACCACGCCAAAAGCAACAACACCACCAAUAGCAGUAGGAACACACGUAAAAGCUAACGGAUCUCAGCAUUCGGUUCUAUCCUCACCGUUCUUGAAAGGCAAAAGCAGUCAGACAUUGAUCAUCAGUCUGUCUGCUGUUGGAGGAUGUAUUUUAAUCCUCAUAACGGUCUGUAUGGUUAUCAGGAGCAACAGGAAUAAAUCAUCGCCGGUUAGUUCUUGGAAUGAUGGGGGUUUUGUGAAAAGGAGUUUUUAUCGUAACAUAAAGAAUUUGGAGAAUGACAUUAUGUCAGAAGAACUGGACAUGCAUGAUGGCUCGUUACCAACUUCGAAAUUGCUAUCUGAAAAUAUGGACAUCUAAUUGAUAUAUAUAUAUUCAUACACAGACACACACAUGCAUUCAUAAAUACACACAUAUUAUAUAUGUAUAUACAUAAUAUUUAUAUAUAUGUUGUAUAACAUAUAUCAACAUUAUA